CGGCGAGCGACAGGAUCCCUCACGCAGACAGCACAUUUUGUGCACCUUGGUACCUCCCUGAGCGUACGCAGCUCGCUGCUGUGCUUGUGUUUUUGCAUAAAGGAGCGCCUCGCUUUCGUCUUAAUAGUGUGCCGACGCUACCUGAAGUCAUGGCUGACCAGGUGGCUACCAUAUGUGAUCAGCUCAUCAAGGCUGUGAAUGUGAUGAUGGAUGCAGAAACAAGCCAAAUUUACCGACUGGAGGCCCUAAAGUUUUGUGAAGAGUUUAAAGAGACAAACUUCUUCUGUGUCCCAUGUGGCUUACAAUUAGCCGACAAAGCCCAACCAGCUGUCGUGAGACACUUUGGUUUACAAAUCCUGGAGCAUGUCAUCAAGUUCCGAUGGAACAACAUGCAACAACAAGAGAAAGUCCAUUUGAAGGAGUGUGCCAUGCAGCUGUUAUCAAAUUCUUAUCAGGGUACUCAUUCUAUCCUGGAGGAGGAGAGCCAUAUCAAAGACGUGCUGGCACGAAUCACAGUGGAAAUGAUAAAGAGAGAAUGGCCUCAACAUUGGCCAGAUAUGCUGAAAGAGAUGGAGGCUCUCACCAGCCAAGGGGAAGCACAGACAGAGCUGGUGAUGUUGAUCCUGUUGAGGCUGGCAGAGGAUGUCAUCACCUUCCAGACUUUGCCAACGCAGCGACGCAGAGACAUCCAGCAGACACUUACCCAGAACAUGGAAAGCAUCUUCAGUUUCAUGAUGGCAAUUUUGCAACUUAAUGUGGAGGACUACCGUAAACUGAAAGGGUUACCUGAACAUGAACUACAGGCCAGAGCUCACUGUCGAGUCGCUGUGGCUACGCUGAAUACUCUUGCAGGCUACAUAGACUGGGUGUCUCUGGUGCACAUCACCUCCGGGAACUGCCAUCUACUGGAGAUAUUGUGUCUGCUGCUGAGUGAGCCGGAGCUGCAACUGGAGGCAGCAGAGUGUCUGCUCAUCGCCAUCAGCCGGAAGGGCAAGCUGGAGGAUAGGAAGCCAUUCAUGCUGCUGUUUGAUGAUGUGGCCAUCCACUACAUCCUUUCUGCAGCCCAGUCAGCAGAUGGACUGGCAAUAUGUAAGAAAUCCUCUGAAUUGCAAGCAGUGGGGGUGGUGGAGCGGCGUUACAUCUUCCUAAAGAGGCUGUGUCAGGUCCUGUGUGCUCUGGGAGGCCAGCUUUGCUCAUUAGUGGGUUCAGAUGUAGAGGUUGAAGUACCUGCAAAUCUCAGCAAGUACAUGGAAGCCUUUUUAGCCUUCACUACACAUUCCAGUCAGUUUUUGAAGUCGUCCACUCUGGCUACUUGGGGAGCUUUGUUCAGACAUGAGACUCUGUCAAAGGAUGCGGUUGUUGUGGAAAUGGCUAUCAAAUACCUCAGAGCAUCUAUGACCAACCUAGUCAAGACGGGGUUUCCAUCUAGAGACGACAACCCAAGUUGUCAGUACUCCCGUGUGGACUUUGACAGCGACGAGGACUUCAACUCGUUCUUUAAUUCCUUUCGAGCGCAGCAGGGAGAGGUGGUGAGGAGUGCGUGUCGCAUUGUUCCUCUGGAGGCCUUUCAGAUAGCAGCAGAAUGGUUACAGUAUCAGAUUGCCAGCCCUAUUGACAUUGGGGAUACCACAUCUAAGACUGCAGAGGGCCUGUGCUCCCUCCUGUCUCCAUCUGUGGUCCAGUGGGAUGCAAUGACUGUCUUCAUGGAGUGCAUGGUCGCACAAAUCUUUAAAAGUCUGGAAGAGGAGAAGUUGCCGAUAGAUGAGAGUAUGGAGCUGCUGCGGGCCGUGCUGAACUACGACACCAAAGACCCGCUCAUCUUGUCCUGUGUGCUCACCAACGUCUCUGCCCUCUUCCCGUUUGUCAUACACAGACCACACUUCCUGACGCAGGUCCUAUGCAAGCUGUUUAAAGCCAUCACAUUUGAGGUUGGUCAUGACAAUAAGGCACCUCGGACCAAAGCCGUAAAGAAUGUGAGGAGGCACGCCUGUUCUUCUAUCAUCAAAAUUUGCCGGGAUUACCCACAGUUCAUCUUGCCUUGUUUUGACAUGUUUUACAAUCACGUGAAAAAGCUGUUCUCGAGCGACGCCACACUGACUCACAUGGAGAAAUGUUCACUGAUGGAAGCUCUGGUGCUAAUCAGUAACCAGUUCAAAGACUUCGCAAAGCAGAAGGCUUUUCUAGACGAACUAAUGGCGUCAGUGGUUGCAGAAUGGACCUCAGAUGAGAUCAGGCAUGUGCUGUGGGACCCUGCUGUGUUCCUGUCCUUUGUUGGAGCUGAUCAGGUGGUCAAUGAGCAAAGUACAGAUACAGACACAACAGGCCUUAAUAGGGGCCGGUUGAGUUUCUGUUUGUAUGCUAUGUUGGGGGUGGUGAAACGCGCACGUUGGCCUGCGGACCUGGAGGAAGCCAAAGCUGGUGGCUUUGUGGUUGGUUACACCCCUGCUGGAGCUCCCAUCUACAGAAACCCCUGCACUGCCCAGUUUCUGGUCUUGCUGCCCAACCUGUCGGCUCUUAUCAGGACUCACAACAGUCUGUUCAUGCCAGAGAAUAUGGCUCGUCUGAGUGAGACCUUUUCUAAGGCCCACGAGGUGAUGGAUGCAGAGAAAAAUGUAGUUCUUGGUCUCUCACAGCAUCUUCUGGAUAUUUAUGACUCUCCUGUGUAUAGAACCAACCUGGAGCGCAUGCAGGGAUUUUUCACCACAUUGUAUUACAACUGCUUCCAUGUCCUGGGAAAUGCAGGUCUGUCCCUGCAGCAGGAAUUCUACACCAUUGAGAGGCUGGCUGAAGAAAUAGCUGGCUCUGCUUUCGUCUCCCUCGAACAUGUGCCUGACCACAGACUACGCCCUAUGAUUCGGGUGUUUUUGAGACAGUUGGUGCUGUCAUGUCCUCAGGAGUACUACAACAGUCUACUCUGCCCCCUGCUGGGCCCUCUGUUCGCCCACAUGCAGCAGAGACUCAACAUCAAGUGGCAGGUCAUCAACCAGAGGACCUCUAUUAAUGGUGAGGAUGAGGAGGAGGUGGUGGUGUGUCAGGAGAGCCAGGUGACUCAGGAGAUGUUGGAGGAGCAGCUGGUACGCCUUCUCACCAGGGAGGUGCUGGAGCUUCUCACUGUGAGCUGUAUUUCCAGAAAAGUGCCUGAACCAGCAGCAAAUAAGGAGGAAAUAGAUGAGGAAGAUGUGAUGAUGGAUUCAGUGCAAACGGCGUCUACCGCCCAACCCACAGAGGAGCUGACUGAGCUGGGAAAAUGCCUGAUGAAACACGAGAGCAUCUACAUGUCCCUAUUGACCCUCUCCUUCACCUCGCUCUCGUGGAAGGACACCACUAACUGUCACCGCACUGCUUCCAUGGUCUGUUGGACCCUUCUGCGGCAGGUCGUAGGGGGUAAUCUUCUUCCUGAGGCGGUCACGUGGUUCUAUACCAGUGUUCUUAGGGGCCUUCAGGUUCAUGGGCAGCACGAAGUUUGCAACUCUACCCUCUCUCAGCUGGCCAUGCUUAUCUACGAAAACCUGCGGCCUCGCUACACAGAGCUGAGAGCGGUAAUGACUCAGAUCCCAAACAUCAGUGUGGAUGCUCUGGACCAGUAUGAUCACAGGCUCAUGGACCCCAAUGCCCAGAAGGUUGGAGACAAAAAGAGGAAGGACCAGUUCAAGAAGCUCAUUGCAGGAACUGUUGGGAAAGCUCUGUGCCAGCAGUUCAGGAAAGAGGUUCAUAUCCGGAAUCUUCCAUCGCUCUUUAAAAAGCCGAAGCCAGACAAGGAUGUACAGAACAGUGAAGCAGUGGGCCUGGCAGCUCUGUUCUCCCCCGAGAAUAGUACCCUGUAGGAACACGUAGUGGUUCUAAUGGGCACAUCAUACUGACUGAAGACGAAGUUGUGUGUACAAACCAGGGUUUCCCUCACCAUCCUUCAGCUCGGGCAGUGCGGCACUUCCCUAACAUAUCUGUCAACGCUCCUGUUGCUCAAUGGCUCAUCUUUUAUUUUCAACCUCACCGUUCCACAACACUCCUCAUUCUAAUAAGUAAAAUAUCUUUCCACUAGUCAAAUCUACAGGAGAGAUUCACAUAGAAGAUCCCUUUUAAAUCCCAUUGCAAACUUCUGCAUCAUUCCCUUGCGCAUACUUUAAAUUAAGUUGUAAGAAAUAUUUCAGAUUUAAAGAAUUGUCUUUGUCUGUCAAAUUUUGUUAAGGGACGAUCUAGGAAUAAUCAUUAAUAUUUGCUCUACAGCAGAAGCUCUGCUAAGCCACAAACAUACCUCAAAUAGGUCCAUUCUGCAUUCUGUCAUUUUACUUUGGACCUUUUUUUUAUUUUAAGGGGCAAUAUUUUCCCAUUGCCCUGCGUCAUGCAUACUAAGAAUAUCAUAGAUCUAUAGAACUAGGGAAUCAAACUGAGAGUCCAGCUGCAGUUUGAUAUUCAAACUAGAAACUGGCAUCGACUGAUAUCCAGAAAAGCAAAGCCAGUAUAGCCAGUAGCUGCAGGAGUGGCCCGUUAGGAAGGAAUGUGUGUGUGUUGUGUGGCUUGUGAGAGGUGGAGACCUUUUGUACUUUAAAAAAAAAAAAACUCAAUUUCAGAGGUUAGUGUUGGCAGAUAUGUUGUGUGACCAUGCUGCUGCUGUCAAGCCGCGGGUCAAAAAGAAAGGAGGAAAUAUCAAGGACAAACCCUGGUACACAUUUCUCUAUUUACCGUAGUUUCCUUUGACUGGACGAGCUUGAAUGCAGUUUCUGUUUCUGAAGCAUGUGCUAAUGGUACCUCAGGUGCGACGCUCCCUAUGAUGGGGUGAAGAUACUUUAUGGAAACAAACCGUAAGAGGGAAAAAAAAAAAGCAGCUGGUUUGUGUUUUCAUGGUUAUUGUAGAUUUAAAUAUGAACAAAAGUUUUCUAUUUUGCAGAUAUUACACAGUAGUUGGAUAAGACAAUGAUGGUUUGGAAUUUUGCCAGUUCUUCAUAUCAGCACAACUUAAACGGCCCAAGCACUGUUUCAAAUUGCUUAUUUAGUGCAGCGCACAUAUCAUACUACAAAUAAUACAGCUACAUUUUGUGCCAAACCACUCAAGGUAGAAAAAUGUAUACAGACAAUUGUGUCUAAGAAGCAAAACCUAACAACAUAUACAUUUGAUAAAAUUGUUUAAGGUUGGACUAAAAAAAAACUAACGUGUAGCAUAAUCCAAGUGUUUCUGUUGUUUUCCAAAUGUUGAGUUGGUGAUGAUGUUCUGUUUUUCCCGUGUUGUUUUUUUGUGUUUGUACUGGUAUUUCCAGCCAUGAAAAGAAAGAUGAACCAGCAUUACAUUCCUUCAUUGUCCAAGGGAAUUUUUUUUAAGAAUAAUUUGUUGGAUGUAUUUUGCUCUUAUGGAGCUGAUAUGGUAGAGAGUGAUUAGUUUUUUUUAAACUACUGUAUGUGUUAUAUUCAGAUGUAUAUUAAGACCAAAAUAAAUGGGAGUUAUCUUGGCUUGGAGUGAGCCCCCUUUAAAUGCACAUAAAUGGGUCUGCAUUUCAGAUGCUGGUUUGCUGAAAACACCUUCACAUCAUACUCACCAAGGAAUAGGAACAUUUAUGAAAUUUGAUUUUCCAGUGAAUUGAUUGCCCUGUCUUUGUGAUGAUUGUUUGUUCACAUGUGGCCAUUUUUAAAAAUGCUUGUUCAACACUAAAAUGUUCUGUACAAAAAGAAAAUAGGCUUUUUAAAAGUGUAGUGUGGUUUAUAUUUUGUUGUUUUUAAAUAAAAUAAUUUCAAUUUGUCUAAAAUUCAUCCUUUGAUACUCUAUUUAGAAGAAAGAGAAAAGUAGUUUAAGUUUACAAAAACAUUUAAUUGCUAUAUGUGGAC